GUUAUCAAAGCCACAAGUCACCUACCGUCACGCAGUCCCUUGUCUGUCUAUAUGCAUAUGCUAGCCUGUUGUGACUGAUUGACCAUCAUCAUUUAUACCUUCUCCAACUUUCCUUCUCUUCUUAAUAUUCUUCUGCAAAUUUGAUAUUCCAACAUGAGCUGGUGGUGGGCUGGAGCUAUUGGUGCUGCUAAGAAAAAAUUCGAAGAAGAUGAAGCACCACCAAAGUAUGAAAGUGUUGCUCUAAUUAUCGGAGUCACCGGCAUCGUUGGUAAUAGCCUCGCCGAGAUCCUUCCUCUCGCUGACACUCCCGGUGGUCCGUGGAAGGUCUACGGCGUUGCACGACGGGCUAGACCGUCGUGGAACGCCGAUCAUCCAAUUGAGUAUGUCCAAUGUGACAUAUCAAAUCCGGAGGAUACCCAAUCUAAACUAUCUGUUCUCACUGAUGUAACCCAUGUUUUCUAUGUAACUUGGGCUAAUAGAUCCAAAGAGGUUGAAAAUUGUGAAAUCAAUGGGAAAAUGUUUAGGAAUGUUCUUAAUGUUAUUAUCCCUAAUUGUCCUAACUUGCGUCAUAUCUGUUUGCAAACGGGUCGAAAACAUUAUUUGGGUCCGUUUGAAUUGUAUGGAAAAGUAAGCCAUGAUUCUCCAUUUCAUGAGGAUUUACCCAGAUUAGAUGCGCCCAAUUUCUAUUAUGUUCUUGAGGAUAUUUUGUUUAAGGAGGUGGAGAAAAAGGAAGGAUUGACAUGGUCAGUUCAUCGGCCGGGGACGAUUUUUGGGUUUUCUCCUUAUAGUUUGAUGAAUAUUGUUGGAACACUUUGUGUUUAUGCAGCUAUAUGUAAACAUGAAGGGUUGCCAUUGAAGUUUCCUGGUGUUAAAGGAGCGUGGGAUGGAUACUCGGAUUGCUCUGAUGCGGAUUUGAUUGCUGAGCAUCAGAUAUGGGCUGCAGUGGAUCCAUAUGCCAAGAAUGAGGCGUUUAAUGUGAGCAAUGGGGAUGUUUUCAAGUGGAAGCAUUUCUGGAAGGUUUUGGCUGAGCAAUUUGGAGUGGAAGCUGCGGAGUUUGAUGAAGGGAAGAGAUGCACAUUGGUAGAGAUGAUGAAAGACAAAGGCACAGUUUGGGAUGAGAUUGUGAAGGAGAAUGGAUUGGUGCCUACUAAAUUGGAGGAGGUUGGAGUUUGGUGGUUUGCUGAUCUUAUGCUUUCUGGAGAUUGCCCUUUGGAUACUAUGAACAAGAGCAAGGAGCACGGUUUCUUGGGAUUCCGGAACUCACAAAAAGCCUUCAUUUCCUGGAUUGAUAAGGUGAAAGCUUACAAAGUUGUUCCUUAGUUUUGAUAUCCGUUUUUAUUUUUACUGUGUGAUAAAAUGUUUGAGUUUGUUUCCUAUCUAUCUAUCUAUCUAUCUAGAUUAUGUUGUUUAAUAAGAAGUAAUAAUAGCAAAAUGAAGCUAUUUCUAGCUUGAAACAAUGUACACUUUUGGCUUCUUUGUUGUUCUGCUGUAAUUAUCCAUUUGUUAUUGGUACCACUAUAAAUUUCUU